CUUCUUGGAGUCAUUCUUUUCUUUUAGUCUUUUUGUUGUAAUCUUAGCUUCCAAAAUAAUUGAGAGUUUGAGACCUUUGUUUAAGUGACACAGUUUUCUAUUAUUUCAAGAUAGUUUCUAUUGCCUUUUCAGAAUUCAUGGUUCUGUACACCAUUUCUUAUGUGAUAUUUGUGGAUUUUCUGUUUUCUACACUUUGAUCUCAUUCCACCGUAUAAAAGAAUAGAAUAUGUUUUCCAAUUUCUUUUGUUGUAAACCCAACUUUUGUUAAUGGAAAUUUGGGCUUUAAAUCCCGAGUUUUGUACUGGUUUCAGCUUUAUUAUGGUGUUUCCUUAGUGGAUUUUUAGUCACUGCUUGAGUUCUCUUGCCUGAAUCUGUUUAUUUUUUUAUUUCUUUGGAAGUGGAUCAGCUGUUGAGAUUUGAGAAUUUGUUGUGUAGAGUGACUUUGGCGUGUUGAAUUUGGGCUUGUAAUGAGAUGGAGAUGGCAGCUGAUGGCGAGUUGCAGAUUGGGUCCGUCGGAGCUGCUGUUAACAUGUUUGGAGAAAGGAUUGUUGGGAGAGUGACUGAGAGAAAGAACGCCGAAAUGCUUGUUUCAGAGAUGACAGCACUUAAAGAGAGAGAACUUCACCUGGCCAAGAACGAUAUCAGCCGAUAUAAGGAUGCCAAGAAUGCUUCAGAAACCAUGAGAAUACAAGCACGGUCUGAACUCCUUCGUGCUAAGAUGGCCACCAAAGAUCUCGCCCUUCAGAUUAAAAAAUCGAGGGACAAUGCCAAGAGCCAAAAGCUGAGAAUCCAUGGCCUGAGUACUCAUGAGAAUAGCAGUACACUUUGGCAAACAGGUGCUUCUAACGCGAAGAAUCAGUACAUGGAAGUCUCUAGGGAGCUUGAAGGAAUCAAAGAAGAAGUAAGGAAAAUUAAGAGCGAUAUGGCUUCGGCAUUGGAAACAAAAAGAAUUGCAGAAAAGCAAGCCCAAGAGUCCACUGAAAAGGCUAGAGCCUAUUCAAGCUCUUUACACACUUUAAGAAAAGAGAUCGACAAUGCUAAUGAAGAGCACGUGCUUGUCAAGUUGGCAAGUAUUGAAGCUUUAAAAGAAUUUCAUUCCAUUGAAGCUCAAAGAGAGGCCAACGCUUCCCAAUAUUCUUCAGCCAUGGAGAAAACCCAGAAAAAGAUCAAGGAUCUGGCGCAACAAAUAAACUCCUCAAAGGAGCUCCAAAUGACUCUAGCUGUUACAUUAGCUGAUUCUUAUGUUCUAGAGCAGGAACUUCAAUUGGUAAAAGCAAUGGAUCUGAAUUCAGAUGCCAAGAAGAGGAGCUCUGAUUCCUCUACAGGUAAAGAGAAGAAAGAUGAAGUUGCAGCUCCUUCUACCCAGUUACAGGCAAUCAUGUCUGAACUCGAAGCAGCAAAGAAGGACUUAGAGAGCAUUCGUCAAGAGGGGUUUCAGUUUAUGACUUCCAUGGAUACCAUAAGGGAUGAGCUGAGACGAGUCUCGAAAGAGCUCGCAGAAUUGAAGAGCGAAGAAGAGAGAGAAGAUGCUAAUGUGCAGUUUCUCAACUCUGAGCUUCUCAAAGCCAAGGCUAUGUUAGAAAGUGCAGAGGCAGCAGAGAAGAAGGUGAAUACUAUCCUCUCUGAUUUAUCAACCAGCUUACGGCAACUGCGUUCAGAAGCUGACGCUGCAAAGAAGAGGAGGGAGAAAAUCUGUAAAGAAAUACAGAGUCUAAGGUUAGAGAUAGAAAAUACUGAGGCUGACAUAAGCAUCACCGAACAGAAUUUGGAAUCUGCCAUGCAAGAGCUCGAGGCAGUGAAGGCAGCAGAGGCUAUAGCUCUCGACAACUUAAGGACUCUUUCUGAGAAGACGCGAAAGGAUAGAGCGUCUUCAUCUCAACAGGCUUCCUCUAUAACAAUAUCUAACUUUGAAUUUCAGUAUCUUAACAAGAAGGCUGAUGGGGCGGAUGAAAUUGCUGAUAAGAAAAUAGCAGCAGCACAAGCUUGGGUCAAUGCCAUUAAAGCUGGAGAGAAGGAGAUACUAUUGAAAAUAGAGAUGGCACAAAGAGAGAUAAGGGAGCUAAGUCUAUCUGAAGAGAGAGAGAGACAUGAAACCGAGAAGUCAUUGACAGCAAAGAAACAGGUCGAAGGCGAGCUUAACAAGUUCAGGAAGAAAGAGAAACAAACUGAGCUCAUAAGCUUGCAACCUGAGCCCAAAUUUCUGAGCAAACCAGUUGGGGAUUACUGUGUUUAUAGCCCAUCUAGAACGACUAAACUAAGAACAGCUCGGUCACCUGGAAAACCUCACUUCAACCACACCUCCUUUACUAUGAAGAAAAAAAAGAGGGCAAUUCCCAAUUUACCCAGGCUUUUUAGCAACAAGAAGAGUGCAAAAACAUUUUAGCUUAUUAAGGAUUCAAACUUAAGGGGAACAUAUAUGUACUUCAGUGCAGUGGGUCAUUUCUUUACAACGGAUGUAGCAUAUUGAGGAUUCAUAACUAGGGCGAAUAUAAAUCAUGCCGUUGCGAAAACCAUUUCUUUAAGAGCAAAUUGGAGCAUAUUGAGGAUUCAAAACUUAAGGGAAUAUAACCACAUUAGUGGAGCAAAGAUAUUGCUUCCCAUAAUCCAUGUACUUGGAAGGGAUUCUUUACUUUUCUGAUGUGUUAGACCUGCUUGGGGAGCAAAUGUAUAUUAUAUAAAAUAAGUUUUACUCAGUAUUUCUUCUUUAUUAAUAUAUGUUUCCUUCAAUGGUAUCCUACCUUA